AUGCAGCGCCUAGCGGUAUCGGGGCCAGGCGUGGUCGCCCUUCCGGCGGUGUGUAGCUUGGCAGGCUGGCGCACCGUGGCGCAGAGCUGCCGCCAGGCGGACGCCGGUGACAAUCGAGACCGCGAAUGGAUGCGGAGCGAGCGCUUCUUUCAGCGCGCCACAGAUAUUCCCGAGGGGUGGAAUUCGGACGAGAAGACGAAAAGCAAGGGCGCGCCGCCUUUCCGUGCUUCGCUCGGCGGGCCCCCGCCUG